UCGUUCCUUUUAAGGUUCGGGCGCGAGGGUUGUCUGUAACUGUAACCGUCAGGAUCACGCAAAGUUGCCAAUCGACCCACACCACCCAACGAGCCUAUAAAGCCUCGAUUCACCAGCUUCUUCCUCCUCCACCAUCAUCUCUCCAUCUUCCUCUCAGAUCUUUGUCUCUCUCGCAUUUUCUUGCAGAGAUCUUGUGGUUCAACAUUCUUUAGCUGGCUCUCAUGGGAAGUGUUAUUGAUGUUGCAAUUGAGGAGGGAAGCUUGACAGAUAAGAAGCCCACAGUUGUUUUUGUUUUGGGUGGACCAGGCAGUGGAAAGGGUACGCAAUGUGCCAAUAUUGUUCAGCACUUUGGCUUCACACAUCUCAGUGCUGGUGACCUUCUCCGAGCAGAAAUCAAAUCUGGUUCUGAAAAUGGAACUAUGAUCCAGGAUAUGAUUAAGGAGGGAAAGAUUGUGCCUUCAGAAGUGACAAUCAAGCUCCUGGAGAAAGCAAUACUGGAAAAUGGAAAUGACAAGUUCCUUAUUGAUGGUUUCCCUCGGAAUGAGGAAAAUCGUGCCGCAUUUGAAGCUGUUACUAAAAUUGAGCCAGAAUUCGUGUUGUUUUUUGAUUGUUCUGAGGAAGAGAUGGAAAGGCGCUUGUUGAACAGGAAUCAGGGAAGAGAAGAUGACAACAUCGAAACAAUAAGGAAAAGGUUUAAGGUGUUCUUGGAGUCUAGCCUCCCAGUUAUCGAGUAUUACAAUUCCAAGGGAAAAGUCAGAAAGAUUGAUGCUGGAAAGCCUGUCGAAGAGGUCUUUGAGGCCAUUAAAACAAUUUUCACCUCAAACUCUGAGAAGGCUACUGUCUAGAGCAUCCAUAUAUGUUCUGUCAUCAGCUUUGGAUAUCCUGUGGUGAUGACGCUGUUGUAGCUGCCUAUUGUUACUUCAUUUUGGAGGAUUUUCUUGUACCUAUUUUAACAGUAGAAAUUAUUAUACAAGUACGUAAUGGGAGAGAGGCUCUGUAUUCUUAUGCUGACUGCAUUUAAAAAGGUUAUUAACCUGAAAAUAAAGUUUUUCUACA